CAGAGGGACAGUAGGCUCAGAAGAUGAUGGGGGAGAGAAGGUGUCUGCCUGGGGUGGUUCACAUGCGGCUGCUCCUCCUAAUCAUCGCACCUGGUGUGCACCAAGCACUGAACAUCAACCAGAACAACGUGACCGUCUACAGCGGGCCAGAGGGCAGCUACUUUGGCUUUUCUGUGGAUUUCAUGCAGACCACAGGUCAAGGCGUAAGCCUAGUAGUGGGGGCUCCACUGGAUAACUCAACCCAGACAAAUGUGGAAGAGGGGGGAUCAGUGUAUCGCUGUCCCUGGUCAGCAAACGGGGGGACAUGCCAAAAAAUAGAGUUUGAUCCAAAGGGUAAUGAAGAGUACAGAGUGGCUGAUUUCACACUGAAGGGGUCUAAAUCGCAUCAGUGGUUUGGGGCGAGUGUGCGUGCCAUGGACCAAUACAUCCUGGCCUGUGCCCCACUAUUCCACUGGAAUGUCCUCAACAGCUAUAACGACUCCCAAAAUACUCCAGUGGGGAACUGCUUUCUGAAGGACGUUACCACUGGCCUAGUUUCCGCCUACUCCCCCUGCAGGGAUACAUAUGUGGAGUUCCACUACAAGAACAACAGAUAUGUGAAUGACAAGCGCUACUGUGAGGCUGGGUUUAGUGUUGACAUCACACGGAAUGGAACAGUUGUGAUUGGUGCCCCAGGAAGUCUGUACUUUCGAGGUCAGGUCUUCGCGGCAACCCUAGACGAACUAACAGACACGACGAGACGACCCAGAACUUCCUACCUCCCAUCAAAGGGUGUCGGGCAGGAAAUUAACUUUGACCCUUUUCAGGAUUCCGACACAUACAGUGGUUAUUCUGUUACCACUGGAUAUCUCACAGGGGCCAGCAUUCAAGAUUAUUUGGUUGGUUACCCUAAUGAUCGUGACACAUCUGGAACAGUCAGAAUCUACAAUGGAAGGCGUGAACUCAAAAAAAAGUUCUUUGGAACUCAGGUGGCAGCCUAUUUCGGUCAUGCUGUUGCGGUGACUGACAUCAACAGCGACGGGAGAGAGGACAUCCUGAUCGGGGCACCUCUCUACAUCGAGCAGCUAGCCAAUCAACAGCAGCGGGAGGUGGGCCAGGUGUAUGUCUACCUGCAGCAGGUCCGCUCCAAGUUUAAUGACCGCCCGGAACAGACGCUGACAGGCUCUUUGCCCUACGGACGCUUUGGAGUGUCUAUUGCCCCGCUGGGAGACCUGGACAACGAUGGCUACAAUGAUGUAGCUGUGGGGGCUCCAUCGUCUGAUGGAAAUGGCCGUGUGUUCAUCUACAUGGGGCAGAGUGAGGGUCUCUCCCCUCAGCCUACCCAGGUCCUGGAGAGCCCCUUCCCCUCCCCACGCACCCCCUCUUCCUUCGGCUUCACCCUCAGGGGGGACACUGAUGUGGACGACAACGGAUACCCAGAUCUUAUUGUUGGUGCAUGGGGUGUCAGUAAAAUAGCAGUUUACAGAACUCUUGCCGUUGUGAAGGCCAAAGGCCAGCUUGCCCUCUUUCCUGACGUGCUAAACCCAGAGGAGAAGACCUGUUCACUCCCCAGCACUAAGAAGGCAGUUACCUGUUUCACUGUCAUGAUGUGUAUCAGUGUCUCUGGGCAUCGUAUCCCCCAAACUCUGGCAUUGAGUGUGGAGCUACAGCUGGAUAAGAUGAAGCAGGCUCUCACCCGCAGGACUCUGCUUCUCCACAAUAGCCAGCCGCAGGAGAGAGUCACGCGCACAGUCCAGACCGCACAGACCAACAACUGCUUCAAUGUGACCGCCUAUUUGCGGGCAGAGACAGAGUUUAAGGACAAGCUCAGUCCUAUCUUCAUUUCGGUCAGCUACACACUGAUCAACACGCAGGAUGCCAUUCUUCAGGGCCAGACCUCCGCCAUGGACCAGACACGCAUCAUCCUUGACUGUGGUCCUGACAACAUCUGUAUCCCAGACCUGAAGCUGACUGCUAUUGCCGAGACGCCCCGCCUGCUGAUCGGAGACGACAACCCGGCGCUGCUGGUGGUGGAGGCAGAGAACCGGGGCGAGGGGGCGUACGAGACAGAGCUGCAUAUCAGUCUGCCCAGCAGCACACACUUCCAGGGCCUGGCCCCAGACAGAGAGGGCUUCAGCAGGCUGAACUGUGCAAAUAGGAAAGACAAUGGCACUGUGAUAGUGGUGUGUGACCUGGGAAACCCCAUGCCAGCUGGCCAGAAGCUGAAGGCGGGACUGCUCUUCAGUGUAGGAAACCUGAAGGAGGUGGAGAGAGAUGUCACCUUCCACAUGCAGAUCAGAAGUAAGAACAGUCAUAACCCGGAUAGUGACCCUGUCUUUCUAAAGAUCAAUGUGAUGGCCUCAGCAACACUAGAGAUGCAAGGAGCCUCCUCACCCUUGGAGGUUGUCCUGCCCAUCGCUAAGUGGGAGCCAGUGAAGCAGCCAGCCUCUUUGGAGCAAGUGGGGCCGUACGUGGAGCAUGUCUACAUGCUCCGGAACCUAGGUCCCAGUGCAGUGAACGUGAGGGCGGUGAUGGAGUUCCCCACACAUCGUCAGGGUGCUACCUUGCUCUACGCCUUUGCCACCGACUCUGAAAACUUUUUGUCCUGUUCUACCAACGCCAGUGUGGACCCCGACAGGCUGGUGAGAACAGAGUCCACAGUGAACAGAACCAGUCAGGAGGGCCACCACAUCAAUAAAAGGGAAGCCCUGACAGACAUUCCCCAAAACCCUCAAGCACAGAAGCCCAGAGAAACCAUCCAUGUGAACUGCUCCUCUGGGGAUCCAUGUGUGAGAGUGGAGUGUGAGGUGAGGGGGUUGAGGAGGCAGGGCAUCGCCGUGGUGAAGGUCAUGGCCCGUCUCUGGGUCAACACGUUUGAGAGGCCAAAUGAAAACUACAUCCUGCAGUCCAGUGCCUUCUACCAUGUGGUGGGGAUGCCCUCUAAGAUCCAGCCCCAGGAGCUCCCCAGCGGCCAGGCAGAGACUCACACCAGUGUUGUUUGGAGAGAAGAGAUGAGGGAGAUGCCGGUGUGGUGGAUCGUCGUGGCCAUUGCUGCUGGACUCCUGCUACUGGCUCUGCUCAGCUACAUAUUCUGGAAGGUGGGCUUCUUUAAGCGCAACCGGCCUCCAUGUGAGGAUGAGGAUGAUGACACACAAAAUCUCAGUGCUGAGCAGACAGAGUAUGCUAAUGUGAAGUCAUCCUAGGAGACCUGCACAUAAACACAGGCUGAAGACACCGUCAACAUGGGCUUACCUUCUUAUCAUCUGUAAAAGCUUUAAAAGUUGUUUUCUUUUAUCAUAUAUAAAUUUAAAUGAUAUUGUUUUAGGGGCUUCAUAAUGAAAAUAUUUCCUAUUUUCGUAAUCAUCUCAUUCACAUUUUCAUAUCUAGACUAUCAUCACUUCAUGUUUUAUGUUCAAAAGUCCUAUGAACUUAUCACACAUCUUACACUUGUUACAUGGUAGAGAAAUGUUACCUGAAAGAAACAAAUUUCAUGGUCAUUCUAUAUACUCAUUGCAAUUUACAGCUCCGUAGCAAGCAGGGAGAGGCCUGAGUGUGUAUGUUACCUGCCAAAGACUAGUUGUGAAAAAAACCUCUCAGCUACAUGUUCCAGUGUUGAGCUACAAAUUGUUGCAGAGAGAGAGAGAGAGAGAGAGAAUGCUCCAGAAACAGGCUCUUAACCAUGGUUGUACCAUGGGAAAAUGUUUAUCUCAUCUGUGGAUUAAAAAUAAAUUUCAUCUGUGGGUUGUA